CAAGCUUUUUUCUUCCUGUUUCUAUAACAAGAAAAUAUGCCGUUGCUUGCUCAAUAUUUACUACAUGCGGCUGCUUAAUAUGUGCUUAGGCGCUGGACACUAUUUUUAUCUGAAAGCGAUUGAAAAUGGGCGAUUUCUUUUGAAAAAUUGAGUGGUUUUCUAUCAAAUAUAGACUUAUUUAAGUCUAUUUUAAAACCACUUUUAAAACGAAAGUUGGAAUUUUCGAAAACCCCAGGAUAUAGCACAUCAGUAUCCAUUGGAAAACGAACGGGUUCACCAACAAUUACCCGGGAUGGACGCAGUUUACAGCGUUAGAAAAUGCUCUUGCACAAACGAAAUAAAUGAAGUCAAAUAUUACUGCACCUUUUGCAAGGAUAAUUUGGGGGAUGAUUGUUUGUUACAGCAUCUGCAAACUCCUGCAAAGACCGAAGAUGGACAUAAUGUUCUACAAUACAGUAAAAAAAAUAGUGGGAAAGUUUACAGGCGGAAUUGUGAAAUCCAUAAAAAUAAGAUAACUACGGCUUACUGUGAAACAUGCACACGUUCUGUUUGUCAUGAAUGCAUUAAAGAGAACCAUGAACGUCAUAAAGUUUCUAAGAUAUGGGAACUUUUGAAGAAAAACGUUCAGAAUAUACUUGGGAAACUCGAAAUCCAGAACAACGAAGUCCUGAAGUUGGAAAAAAAGCUUUCACGUUUAUGGCAAGAAUUGUCAAAGCAAGCUAUUAAUUAUGAUACAGUUAAAAAAGAUAUUCGACAAUAUAUUAAAGAUUUCCACAUGAAAUUGGAUCAGUUGGAAAAAAAGCUGUUAAGCCAAGCUGAAAAAGAAAGGAAGAAAAGUUAUGGUGAAAUUAUAUCUGAAAUGUCAUUAAUGGAAAAAAUAAAGAAAAAGGUGACGAAAAAAAAUAAAGGACUAAAAAAUUUUCUUCAUGAUUUUGAUGCGCUACACAACCCAGAAUUGUUGCCAGAGGUGAACGUCGAUGAUUGUACAUUCUGUACAGAUGAGUCAGACCUGGAUGAAAAAAAACAAUUGCAAUUGUCCACAUCCAACUUAGAUUUGGACUUUCUGUGCCAAUUUGCAAAAAUUACUAUGUCAAACCCGAGCUUUAAAUUGGAUGAAUCCAAAUUUAUCGAUAUAGACUCGGAGCAUCUGGAGGAAAAAAACGUCCAAGAUUUAGUUUGUAACACAAAAAAUGAAACAGUUAUCGUUUCGGAAAAAGGAACAGGAAAAAUAAUAGAAGUCAACAAGACAGGGGAUGUAGUUAAAGAAUAUGAAACAAGUUGUUGUCCAAAAUACAUUGCACUAACACCCGAUGGGGAAGGACUCAUCUAUGCAAGUUUUGAAAAAAAGUCAGUUCUUCUAGUAACCACUUCAAAAGCCACAUGCAAUGAGGCCUCACUAGUCACCGAAGAAAACUGGUUUCCUAGAGGAAUAUCACUAACUACAAGUGGCGAUUAUCUUGUUUGUUUGAAAUCAUAUACUUUUAAGCGAGGGAAGGUUUGUGUUGUGAAUGAUUUGGGAAAGGAUGUAGAAAGCUUUGAAUAUGAUAAUAACAAUGAACCUCUCUACAGAGACCCAAGGUAUAUCACAGAAAAUAAGCCGAAUGGAGAUAUAUGUGUUACAGACACUAUCCGAAAUACUUUGAUAGCUGUAGAAAGUUCAGGAAAGUACAAGUACUCAUACUCCAAAAGCUAUGCCGACCGUGAGUUUAACCCACUAAACAUAUGCGCGGACAGCGAGGGUCGUCUCCUUCUGUUGGACGUUGGUCAACUAGCAUCAAUCAUUCAUGUACUCAGUGACGAGGGACAUUUCUUGCGAUUCGUCAUGUCCAAUCAUUUCCGGUCUGUGACAGCCAUGAGUAUUGAUAGUAACGACCGUUUGUGGAUCGCAAAUAGAGAAAAUAACAAAACCAAAAUCAAGCUCAUUAAUCAAUUAAAAUGAAAAAUGUUUGGGGACUUUUAGUGCGAUCGAAAUGCUUGUACUUAAGUUCCAUGAAUCGCCUUAAUUUCCAACAAACAACGUUACAUUUAAGUUCGUUAGGACUGAGUAACUUAUUAAACGCCAUAAACAAACAGCUGAGCAACAUGUCAACCUUCACAUUCUCGUAUCUGAACACAACAGCAAACGGCGCAUGUACGCAUAGGUUCAGCUGAUGUCAAGCUCUUCAUUUAAACAUCUUCCUUUAUUAAAUCUGCUGCAUAAGUGUUCCUGCAAAAAAAAAAAAUCAGAAAAUCCCCCAAAAUACAACGCAGACACUCGAGCACUGGCGGGAACUAGAUAUCUAUUGAAUAUGUAUAUCAUCGAUUCGAACAGCUAAGUUGCAUUGUGUUCUGAAAUAUUUACCAUUAAAAGAAAAUAAGGUUCGUCAUACACCCAUAUGAGAACAAAUAUCCGCCAUUUUCUGCGACUGGCUUCCUUUUUUAAAAUUAGUGCACAAUACUCAUGCCUAUCUCUCUUCCAUUGGAACCCGUGUCGCACCAUUUUUUGUUCAAAAUGCAACAGGCACGUAGCAUCGUUUUUGAAAGGGGGGAGGGCAGACUCAUCCAAAAAAUCUUGACAGGCAAAAAAAAACAAAAAAACAUUUACA